AUGUUGGUUUCCUUUUUCUGGGAAUCCGGACUACAUUUCCUCAUCCAACCCAAGAGGAGACCACAAUUGAGCCUUGGGUCCACACCAGAAACCCGAGUCGGUGCGUCCAGAAGGGAAGGAGAGGCGGCAGCCCCGGGGACGCGCUCACACUGCAAAGGGGAGCCAGUCGCUUUCGGUGCAAUGCCAUCGGAGGCAGCCCGGCCGCACCACUUAGGGCCGAACGGCAUUGACUGCCCUUCACUGACAGAUUGUGCAGGCACGCGAGAGAGAAUGAAAAGGAUGAGCCCGGGGACCGGAGGCCGGGAGGGGGGUGGGGACAGACGAUGCCGCCCCCUGCGGAGCUCGGGCUCCCCGGGAGGCUGCCGAGGAAUGAGGCUGGGCCGGCCCGCCACCCUCCGGCGGCCGAGGGCAGCGAGGUCAGCCUGGGAAGGACCGCCCGCCCCUGAUGUCCCCUCGGGAGGACGGGAGGGAGCCCAUUCAACACGAGCCCGUCCCGAGGCCGCCACCCCCACGGCCCCGCCGCAGCGCCCCGGCCUCCCGGCGCCCGUCCGCCGGGCCCCCUGCCACCGCCCCCAGGGAGGACGAGAAGGACGAGGCGAAGAGGCAGCAGCUGCCGAGCCUCCCGGGCGCGCGGCACGGGGGCGAAGGACAGCCCGAGGCACGCGCGUCGGGCCGCGGGACCGGAGCCCCGGGCGGCCAUCGCGCCGACCUCCCGCGCGGACCCCCGCCUCCGCGCGCCUCCAGCGGUCCAGGCCGCCGCCGGGUGCCCGCUCCUCACCUCAUCUCCGGGCGGGUGCGCGCUGCCGCCCCAGACACAAAUCAGUGCCCCUCACACGCCGCGCGCGCGGGGAGGGACGCAGGAUCCGCAGCCCCGCACACCAUCCCCGCCUGCCUCCCCGCCGACCCGGAGCCCGCUCGGGAUGCUCCCUCGCGAGCCGCCGUACUACGGAGCAACCAAGCUGCGCUCCCUCCCCGCGCUCCUCCACUCCUCUCUACCUCCUUCGCUCCCUAGCUCCCUAG